GCUAUCGCCGCCAUUUUAAGACCGACUCAUCGUUGAGUACAGGAAAGCUACACUGAGCUCGCGCCAUUUUCUCUAAACAUGAGUGACCAGCUUUGUAAACUUUUCGUCGGUGGGCUAAAUGUGGACACCGACGACGACGGCCUGCGCAAGCACUUCGAGCAGUACGGGACCCUGACCGACUGCGUUGUGGUGGUGAACAAGCAGCUUCAGCGCUCUCGUUGUUUCGGCUUUGUGACCUACUCCGCGCCGGAGGAGGCCGACGCUGCAAUGGCGGCCAGGCCUCACACUGUCGACGGGAACGCAGUUGAGGUGAAGCGAGCCGUGGCGAGAGAGGAUGCUAACAAGCCCGAAGCGCUUGCCAAAGUUAAGAAAAUCUUCGUUGGUGGCCUGAAAGACGACAUCGAAGAGCAACAUCUGACCGACUACUUCUCACAGUACGGCCCGGUCGAGAAAUCCGAAGUCAUCUCCGAGAAGGAGACCGGAAAGAAAAGGGGCUUCGGCUUUGUGUACUUCGAAGAUCACGACGCUGCUGAUAAAGCGGUCGUGAUCAAGUUCCACACAGUUAAUGGACACAAAGUAGAGGUAAAGAAAGCUCUGACGAAACAAGAGAUGCAGGCCGCCAGCAGAACCGGAAUGGCGCCCAGGGGGGGCAGGCCAGGCAGAGGCACGAGAGGAAAUCAAAAUGGCUACGGAGGCAGAGAUUAUGGCGGAAGCUACAACUACGGAAAUGGCGGCGGUUACAACUAUGGCGGCUACGGAGGGUACGGCGGACCGUAUGGGGGUGGUUAUGGUGACCAAGGAAGCGGCUAUGGCGGCGGAAACGGCUACAGCGACUUCGGCAGCAGCUACGGUCAGCAUUCUUCUGGUUACGGUCCCAUGAAAGGGCCCUUCGGAGGCCAGAGGAGCGCUGCUCCCUACACCAGAGGCGGUGGUGGCGGCGGCUACCCACGAGGGGGCUAUGGCGGUGGCGGCUACUAGAUGAGACUGCACAAAGGGACCACCCCCAAUUCCUACCACAAGUCACCCCCCCAGCCAGGAUUUUGACGUGAAACAGUAAUGGGGCGUCUGCCGUGAAAUCCUCCCAUGGCAGAGACCGAGAUCCCCCACCUCUAAUCAAGACCUCAAAUACCCAAACAGGUAGGAAGGUCACUUCCCAGAACACCUGAUUUAUGGCGGCAGCUGUUGUUGCUCUUCAUCUAGGACACAAGAAUUAAGUUUCAGUGAUUCCUUUUAUGUACCCACGCCAUCGGUGUGCGGAUGUCGUUUAGAUUUGAACUUUUUUUUGCGUUCACUCUGUUUAUCAAGCUUUUGAUGUAGGAUUGUUUUGGUGACCCGUUCUUAUUUUAAUAUUUUGCCAUUUCUAAAUAGUUGGUUCCAAAUCUGUUUGCUUUGGUAAUCCAGUGUAUUUUCCAAUGUGUGAAGAUUAAAUAAAGCAUGUUUAGUUUUCAUAGAUUUGUAACGACGGUCAAAUUGUAUCAUCCAGCAAAGGCGAAACUGCAGGAUUUUAGUUUUUCAUUCUCAGCCUGUUCCUAAAAUACUCAAGCAUAGUGGUAGUUUCCGUCAUUUGUUUGUUUUCCAUUACUUGUAGCAAUAUCUAAUGUAUAUUGUAUACUUCAUGUCUGGAGAACAAAACUUAUUGUUGAAACACUCUGCUUAUGUAUGUUCAUUUUAAAUAAAACGUUAUACCACUUA